AUGAAGUACUACCCACCUGCCCCUCCCAUCGCCUUGCCCACCAGACGCCCCUUCCCUCUCCGAGAACACCCGCCCUCUCCGAAAACACCCGCCCUCCCUGGGCACACCCGCCUUCUCCGCAUCCCCCUCUUAGGCGCCAUCAUGCUUGCAGUAACCAACGACACAAGAGUCAGCCGCUGGGAGAGGGCAAUCAUAUGCCCACCCACCUCCCCCGGCACGCUCACCCUCCUCUGCUCUCCUGGUCUCCUGCAGCUUUUCUCCCCCUCUUCUGGCGAACCCGUCUCUUCUGUUGCCCUUGGUUACGACCCUGGUGCCCACACACUGCCCCUCACCCACAUUCCCCCUCCGCGCCAUACCUGGGCAGCCCCUCGACCAAGCAGCGAAGGAGUCGAGCUCCACGCCCGCUCGCUGUCCGUGUCUCUGGGAUCAGGGGCUGCGAAAGCUUCCGGUCUAGCCAAGGAGGACAACAUAGGGGGAGAUAGGUACAAGGAGUGCGGUGACACUUAUGGACUCUGGAAGGGCAAGGUGGCCCGCCUGAGCAGUGGGGAUGAUCAGGGGGACAUGAGGGAAGGUGAAGUUGUGGAGGGCACAGGGCAGUGGAGCAGGAGAGUUCCUCGUGACCAACUAGUGAGGCCCCGCCUUUGCAAGCGCAGCCCUGGCCACCUCCUGGAAGAAUCCUUUGUGGCUCGCAGUGGGAUCGCAUCUCUGGCUGGCCCAGCCCGGGGCCCAGCCAAGAGCGAGCCUACGUCCUGCCUCGCCUCCCUUCCCGUAGCCCCAGGGGCCGCCCGCCUCCCCCAGCCCACUCCUCUGUCUUCCUCCUCUCUGCUCUCCAGUUUAGCCUUUAGGAUGUCCAAGCCUGGCCCAAGAGAGAAGCUUGGAGCCAAGGGAAUGGCCCCUGAGACUCAGAGGACUCCAUCCCAGAAAUGUGUGACAUUCAAGGAUGUUGCUGUGUUCUUCAGCCGGGAGGAAUGGUGCUCCCUGAACUCUUCACAGCAGAAGCUGUACAAGGAGGUCAUGCUGGAGAUCUCUCAGAACCUGCUCUCUCUGGAUGGAAAGAAUAGACCUAAAACCCAGAAGUCUACUCCAAAGCUGAAUAGUUCCUGUGACUUUCAUUUGAGAAAAAUCAAGGGUAGUGAAAAUAACUCAGAGAAGAAGCAAGGCAACUUGAAGAGUCAUUCCAAAAAAUUAAAUAUUAUCAUCAGGAAAACUCCUCAAGAAAAAAAAGAUGAUGACCAUAAUAAGUCUGAGAGUAGUUUUACUCCACAGUCGACCAAUGAGGGUAAUCAACUUGAGGGGAAGCCAGAUCUUACUAAAGAUCAGAAAAAUCCAAGUGUCAAAAAGCCUUACAAAUGUAAUGAAUGUGGGAAGACUUUCAGUCGAAUCUCAUACUUUAAUGGACACAAGAGGAUUCAUAAUCCAGAUAGAUUUUACGUUUGUAAUCAUUGUGGGAAAAAGUUCUCAAGACCCUACAAACUUGCCGUACACCAAAGGGUACAUACUGGAGAGAAGCCUUAUAAGUGUAACAAAUGUGGGAAGUCCUUCUCCCAGACCUCAUCCCUUACUCUGCAUCAGAAGAUUCAUAGUGGGGAGAAGCCUCAUAAAUGUAACGAAUGUGGGAAUACCUUCAGCCAGCGCUCAACACUCACUGCACAUCAGAAAAGACAUACUGGAGAGAAGCCCUAUGAGUGUGGUCAGUGUGGGAAGGCUUUCAGCCGGAGCUCGAGUCUUAGUGUCCAUAAAAGGAGCCACACCGGGGAGAAGCCCUAUGAAUGUACCGAGUGUGGAAAGGCCUUCAGCCAAACCUCAUCCCUUAUUGUGCACAAGAAGAUUCAUACUGGAGAGAAGCCCUAUAAAUGCAACGAAUGUCAGAUGGCCUUCAGGGAAAGCUCAGCCCUUCAUGUACACAAGAGGUUACAUACUGGCGAGAAGCCCUAUCAGUGUAAUUACUGUGGAAAAGCCUUCAGUCAAUCCUGCAGCCUUGCUGUACAUAAGAGAAUACACACAGGAGAAAAGCCUUAUAAAUGCAAUGAGUGUGGGAAGGCCUUCUGUGAGAGCUCAUCUCUCAGUACACAUCGGAAAAUUCACACCGGAGAAAAACCCUACAAAUGCAAGGAAUGUGGGAAGUCUUAUUGCCAAAGCUCGACGCUCAGUGCUCAUCAGAAGACUCACACCGGGGAGAAAUCUCACAAAUGUCAUCAGUGUACAAAAACUUUUGUAAAGCCCUCCCAACUUGUAGCCCAUCAGAGAAUUCAUACUGGAGAGAGACCCUAUAAAUGUGACGAGUGUGGCAAGACCUUCGGCCACACUAAAACCCUUCAUGCCCACCGGAAGAUUCAUGCUGAGGAAAAACUUUAUAAAUGUGAUCAGUGUGAAAAGUCCUUCCAGUGCAGUUCCUACCUGGCUGUGCACAAGAAGAUUCAUACUGGGGAGAAACCUCAUCAGUGCAACGAGUGUGGAAAAACUUUUAGACAAAACAUAUCUCUUAUAGUACAUCAGAGGAUUCAUACUGGAGAGAAACCCUAUAAAUGUAAUCAGUGUGAAAAGUCCUUUCACGGCAGCUCGUAUCUGGCUAUCCACAAGAAGAUUCAUACUGGAGAGAGACCUCACUCGUGUAAUCAGUGUGGAAAGGCUUUCAGAACCCACUUGAACCUCGUUGUGCACCAGAGGAUUCAUACUGGAGAGAAACCUUAUCAGUGUAAUGAAUGUGGGAAGUUCUUCACCCAGAGCUCCAAUCUUGCCGUACAUCAGAAAAGCCACACUGGAACCAAAUCUUCUAAAUCUAAUUAACGUAUGAAUCACGGACUUGAUGACACAGAAAAUUCAUGUGAAUGUAAUUUUUUUCUCCUCUUCUAUCAGUGAAGAAAGGAGGAAAAAGCAGAUGGGACUUUAUAUUUCCUGUAAUUUUAUGUAAAGAUAUAUAGGAAGGGACAAGGGGAGAGAGCACAAGAUGAUCUGUACUUUUAACAGGACAAAGGAGGGUUGAACACAUGCACACACACACAACUUUAUCGUAGGAAUAAAUCAGACUCAAAUCAAUAAGCAGGGAUGAGGAGUAGGGUUAAUGUGGAGAAUAAUGGGGAGGGAAUUAUCAAAAGCACAAUGAAUGUUCACUUGAGGGAAGUGAACACUGAAGGGGAUAUUAAAAGUUAAAAAAGAAAUCAAAGAAAUGAUACAAAGAGGACCCCAUUAUUUGGAUAAUGAGUAGGUAAUGCAGUGGAGACAGUGUGAAGUCUGGAGCUGGAAAGAUCUGAGUUAAAAAAUGGCCUUAGAUACUUAAUAGCUGGAUUACUCAGAGCAAAUCACUGAAUUACUUACCAUCUGCCUCUAUUUCCUCAUAUGUAAAAUGGGAUUAAUAAUAACACCUCUUUUUCAGGGUCGUUUUGAAGAUCAAAUGAGUUAAUAUUUGAAGUGAUUUCUAGAUCUUAAAGUAUUUUAUAAAUGCUAGCUCUUAAGAAUAUCUGAUAGGAUAGUAUUGUAUCAUAAGAACUGAUGACAAGGACAGGUUCAGAGAAACUUGGGAAAACUUGUAACUGAGGCAGAGUAGUGAGCAGUACCAGGAAAACAAUUUAUGCAAUAGCAGUAUUAUUUUUUUAAAAUUUUAAUAGCUUUUUAUUUACAAGUUAUAUUCAUGGCUAAUUUUACAGCAUCGACAAUUGCCAACCUUUUGUUCCAAUUUUUCCCUUCCUUCCCCCACCCCUUCCCCUAGAUGAUAGGAUGACCAAUACAUGUUAAAUAUAUUAAAGUAUAAAUUAAAUACAAAAUAAGUA